GCAUCUUCUUUCCAAAGCAUACUUGUUCUGUCAGAGGGAUCAGUCAUGGGUGGGCCGGUGCUGCCGAUACUUGUUGCGCUCUUCACGGCACUGAUGGGAGGAUUGUAUCUUCUUGGGAUGUUCAGACGGCAGAGGCCAGGAGAGCCCCCUCUGGACAAGGGUCUGCUCCCUUGGCUGGGCCACGUCUUGGAGUUCCGCAGGAACAUGUUUAAGUUCCUGCGGAGGAUGCAGGAAAAGCAUGGCGAGGUCUUCACCGUCCAGCUGAGCGGCUUCUAUGUCACCUUCCUGCAGGACCCCUUGUCCUUCGGACCGUUCGUCAAGGAGAGCCGGGAGAAGCUGGACUUCAACAAGUACGCCAAGCAACUGGUGCACAGGGUCUUCGGCUACUGGUCACCUCACAGUGAGCAUCAUCACCUGCAGCAAUCCAGCAACAAGUAUCUGAAGGGGGACGGGUUGGAGGUCCUCACACAGGCCAUGACGAACAACCUUCAGGACCUGAUGCUGCACGACCUCGGCAAAGAGCAGCGUGCCUGGACAGAGGAUGGCCUUUUCAUGUACUGCUACAAUAUUGUGUUCAGGGCGGGCUACCUGGCCCUGUAUGGCAACGUGUCCCCCAAGUCCGAGGACGGCUUGGAAAAGGCCAAAGAGAAGGACAGGGUGGAAUCGGAGGCCUUGUUCUACAAGUUCCGUGCGUACGAUCAGCUCUUCCCCAACCUCACGUACGGUAUCCUGCCUCCCAAGAAGAAACUGGAAGCGCGAGGGCUCCUGGAAUACUUCUGGGAUACUUUGGCGGUGCACAAGGUGAAGACUAAAGACAACACCAGCGGUUGGGUGUGGGAAAUGCAGCAGGUGCGGGAGGAGAUGGGCAUGGACAAGGCCAUGAUCGACAGGUACAUGUUACUCCUCCUGUGGGCCUCGCAGAGCAACACGGGCCCAUCUGCUUUCUGGCUGCUGAUGUACAUCAUGAAGAACCCGGACGCCAUGGCGGCCGUCACAGCCGAGGUGGACCGGAUCGUUCGUGAGUCGGGCCAGGAAGUGAAGCGCGGCGGGCCGUUACUGAACGUGACGUAUGAGAUGCUGUUGAAGACCACCGUCAUGGACAGCGUCGUAGAGGAGACCCUAAGACUCCGCGCCGCGCCCCUUCUCGUCAGGGGCGUGCUCCAGGACAUGUCGCUGAAGAUGGCAGACGGCCGGGAGUUCCUCAUCCGCAAGGGGGACAGGGUGGCGACCUUCCCAUACACUUGCGUGCACACGGACCCGGGCGUCCACCCUGACCCGCUGACCUUCAAGUACGACCGCUUCCUCAAUCCCGACGGGAACAAGAAGACGGAGUUUUACAAAGACGGCAAGAAGGUGAAAUACUACACCAUGCCCUGGGGCGCCGGCGUGUCAAUCUGCCCCGGCCGCUUCUUUGCCAAUAACGAGCUCAAGCAGUUCAUCUUCCUCAUGCUGGUCUACUUUGAGUUUGAGCUUUUGGAUCCCAAAACGGAGGUCCCCGAAAUAGACGUCCGGCGUUGGGGAUUUGGAACCAUGCACCCCGACAGAGAAGUUCCCUUCCGAUACAGACUCAGAUAUUAAAGAUGCAAUCAAGUCGGCCUGAUCUACCACCAUCCCAAAAAGUGGGCACCUGGCUUUAGACACAGCAUGUAAAGAAGAAAAAUCAGCCACCACAAUUUGUCUCAGUCUGAUGAAUUAGCAUAUUGCGUCACAAAACCAAUCACUUUGCUUUCAGUCGAUUGCACAGUUUAAACCGUUUUCUCCAUUUGUCAGAUGCAAUCGUGGGUGUGCCAAAUUAGUAGAUCAUCUUUUUGCAUGCUCAAUCUGGUUUGCACAAACCUUUAGUCGGACCGCUUGACAUACUUGGCGGGUUAGCCUCAGGAUUAAGUUUAAAAUGAUGAUGGAAGAAUGUAUUUAUUAAAAUAAUCAAUAAAGCAGUUGUAAUUAUGUAUAGAUGUAACUGCUGUCAAUUUGACACAGAA